AUGCGGGUAGCGAGUUUCGUUAUGGCGGCGACGCUGCUAUUGUCCGACCUGAGCGUGGCUACGAAAGCUGUGCGGAUGUUGGGAGUGGAGGGAGGCUACAACGUGGAGCGGAGGAUGGAUGAGCAAGCAAGGAAUGUGGUGAAGGAUAUUGAGCGGCGGCAGAGCAGCUCGGACACGAUACAGUCGUCAGCGUCUGACGAUCGGAACAGUACGAUUGCGACAGCAUGUCUAGACACCCUAUCCGGCAUUACGUCCAUCACCAACGACGCCGGCAUCUCUGCCUGCUACAACAUUAUGGAAAUGGAUCAGGACGGCCAUACCUUCACUGCAGACCUCCGCCUGUAUCUCGCAGAAGAGCCUCGAGGCGCCUUCACCACGGUGCAGCCCGACAACCUGAUGAUUGGCGUCACCUACCCCGAGUCGACCGUGUUCACCACCACAAACACCAAGCGGUCGCUCCGAGUCAAGCGACAGGCAGCAACCAACAUGACGGAAAUCCAGCAGUACACGCUGAUGGGUAGCAUCGACAGUAGCAUCGACUUGGACAAGCUCACCAAUGACCAGGUCAUGUCGCUGAUGGUGCCUGCCAUCACCGUCAACGCGGUCAGUGAAGACGACCGAGCACCGGUGGAGACAGCGCUGACCACCACCGACACGGCCUAUUUCGUGGUGGGCGAGUUCCGGGGUGAAUUCUCCAACAACGCGGCCAGCGCCGAGUUCCAGGCGCAGGCGAUCGAGCAAUCGUCGGUCUUUGUGCUCCCGGGCACGACUUUGGGCAUCUUCCCCACCGGCAUGAUCAUCACGCUCUCGUGGUUGUUGAUCUUCGUGCUGGCUUACGGCUGGGGCACCUGGCGACGAUACCAACAUCGCGAGUUCUACCGAAAGCGGAUGCAUAUGGCAGCGGGGAUGCCCUCAUAUGAAGCCCGGACCGGCAAGAAGAUAUGA